AUGACAUUUGGCGGAACUAACAAUGCUUUUACAUAUGUUGAACCAUAUUUAAGCCACAGUGCUAUUUCUUUGGCAUCUGCUGCUGCUAGACCACACAACUAUUGUGCAUUUCCUGGAAAUACGGGUCCUUACCUCGCCUCGUCAUUUGGACAAACCACAAUUACUGCUCUUGUUCAACCUUCGGUUUCACUUAACCUAGGUUAUCUUGAUCAAGACAUCGAACACGCUCAAUGGAUCCCUCCCGACGGAUUCUUGGCCCCGUUCUCCUUUGCCUCUUUUAAGAGACUUUGUCCUGCAGCUGAUCCUGAUCUCUCAAAGCCUUCCCAUUACACUUCUUAUCGUGUUGGUCCUGCUGGACCGGCUCAGAAUGUCGCUUCCAUACUAUGCGGUGGGAACAAACGAGACAGGCCAUCGAGUCUUUCUUGCUGCGCUUAUUGUGGCAAACAAGUUCCUGCUGGAUAUACCGGUAAAAAAUAG